AUGUACAAGGUGUGGAUCGCGCAUACAUAUGCAUGCAACUUUCGGCACGAUAAACGAGAUCGGACGUCUUCAAGAUCAUUCUUUUCGGCGUGUAGACUUGACGCCAGAGCGCGCAGCUCGAUGCGAUCAUUUGGAUUUUGGGACUUUCAGUCGGAAAAGCUACAGGGAGCACAAGGAGCCCGGAUGGUCUAUGCUUCUACAAAUGCUGAGCAGAUCAUCUCGCUCGCCAGGACCGACCCCCGGUUGUUCGAAGGCAUACACUCGGUCCCGAAGGAGCUGAACCUUUUCUUUUUAAGGAAGAGACCAAGGGUUUAA